CCCCAGCAACUCUUCUUAUGACGUCCAUGGCGUGCAAGCUCCCUUCGAUCCACUAGUUCGGGAGAGAGCCGAGUAGGAACCGUAAGAGGUCGGGCAAAGUGGUGAGGUGUCGUCGUUGAUUGCCAGGUUCUUGCUGUCGGUAAGGUAUGGCUGGGUUUUGGCAGAGGAAAGUGAAGCGCAAGGAUUUUGAGGAGGUGUACGACGAAUUCGCGGAGGUCUCGCUGUCUUCUCCCCCACCAAAGAUUAGGAGAUUGGAUUCCGAGCUGACGCCGAUCGUGGAAGAGGUUGAGCCUGCAUUUACUCCUGCAUCAAAUCAGCACCAGUCGCAAGGGAUUGUCAGCGCUAAUGUUAGCAGUAUGAAUGAGGCCAUGCCUGCCAUCCCUUCAAAUAACGAGGAGAGAGCCAUUGUGCUCUACAAGCCCGUGGAGGCGCCAUUAAUCUUGUCCUCUGAUCGAACUAAUGUCUCUCUUCAAAUCAGCUCAGACUUGAUUCAUGGUCUCAGAAAUCAUAUUUUCAAGCCAGGGAAUCAAAGUUUUGAUGAGAAGACGGAUGUUGAUUCUAGCUGCUUAGCUGUUGUUCCAUGGGUGCCAUCUGAAGCAGCCAUGAGUGUCGACGGGUCUGGAGGCUAUAAAUCACAAAGCAAGUUGCCACAGGAACCAAUGGCCUCUGCAGAAGCCGAAGCUGAAUCCAUGGAAGUUGAAGAAGCCAGAGAGCAAGCAAUCACAUAUGGAGAAAGUAGUGAAGGCUUCCAGCAGUGGUGGCAGCACUGCAUGACUCCUCGGCUUCUGCCUACCAUGUCAAGCCCUAUGAUGUGGUCAUGGUGACAGAAAAGAAAGAGCCUGAUCCUUGUUCUGUGUCAAGUUUUGCCUGAUGCUAAUGCAUAAGCAAUGGCUGCUGGUUAUGCAUGUUCUUGUCUAGAACUGGGGAUUAACCUCAGUGGAGGAAUCAAAGUAGCCUGGCAGAUGAGGUAUCAUUGCACUUGCAGCAUUGUGUACACCUUUCUGUCUUUCACUGAAAGACUUGGUUUCUUGGUCCA